AUGGCAGUCACAGACUAUGGCCAGCGGCCGGCAUCAUACGCUCUCUCAGCACUGGAGGAUCGUUUCGAGGUCAUCAAAGACAUCGGUGAUGGUAGUUUUGGCAGUGUAGCUCUGGCAAGAGUCCGAGCAAAUGGCUCCAAUGUUGCGAGGCGCAACACCAUGGUCGCCAUCAAAACUAUGAAAAAGUCCUUUGAUUCUUUUGCCCCCUGUCUGGAACUUCGUGAGGUUAUCUUUCUACGCACUCUACCCAACCACGCACAUUUGGUCCCGGCCUUGGAUAUAUUCCUCGACCCCUACAGUAAGAAGCUACAUAUUUGCAUGGAGUACAUGGACGGCAAUCUCUACCAGCUUAUGAAGGCUCGAGAGCACAAGUGUAUGGACGCCAAAAGUGUCAAAAGCAUUCUCUACCAAAUUCUAUCCGGGCUGGACCAUAUUCAUGCUCACCACUUCUUUCACCGCGACAUUAAACCAGAAAACAUCCUCGUCUCCACAUCUGCACCUCAGGAUUCACAGUCAGCUUUCAGUCGGUACUCGGCCUUAGUCACUCCACCAGCUACACCGCCAACCUACACGAUCAAAAUCGCCGAUUUUGGCUUGGCUCGUGAGACCCACUCCAAACUACCUUAUACCACUUAUGUAUCGACACGAUGGUAUCGAGCUCCCGAGGUGCUUCUACGAGCUGGGGAGUACUCCGCACCUGUCGACAUCUGGGCCAUCGGUGCCAUGGCUGUUGAAAUUGCAACAUUGAAACCCCUGUUCCCGGGAGGCAAUGAAGUUGAUCAGGUCUGGCGUGUUUGUGAGAUAAUGGGAAGUCCGGGCAACUGGUAUACCAAAUCUGGAUCUCGAGUUGGUGGUGGUGAGUGGAGAGAUGGUACGAAGCUUGCUCAAAAGCUAGGCUUCUCAUUCCCAAAGAUGGCUCCCCAUGCCAUGGAUACUAUCUUACCGCCUCCACAAUGGCCGACAAGUUUCAGCAAUUUUGUGACAUGGUGUUUGAUGUGGGAUCCCAAACAUCGACCAACCUCAAAACAAGCUAUGGAUCAUGACUUCUUCACUGACGCUGUUGACCCUCUUCGUCCUAAAUCCUCCUCUCGACUUCUUGGUCGCAAGCACUCCGACCUCAGCUUCCGCUCCAAAGACACCACAGAAACUCCAACCAUCACCUCCAAACCCUCGUGGUUUCGCAGGUCCCUUAUUGCUCGAGAGAGUGCACCUGCUGUACCACAGCAUAAUCCCGAAGGCAAAGCCACACAACCAGAAGCAGAGACUGUGGCAAGCAAAGCUCGACCACAAGCAAACAAACGGGCGACAUGGACCAAUGGUGCCAAUACUACAGGAGCAGCUCCUAUGCCUAUCCUGCCAUCGAUUCGCCCAAUUUCCCCUCUGCCAAAUUCUGUCACCGCACAGGCAAGUACAACUUUUACCAGUCAAGCAGAACCCAAGGUCAGCAUGUCCAAGAAUAGCGAGGAGAAGAGUAAGAAGAUUGGACGACAAUUAUCCGUGAACUCCCAUGGCAAUCACUAUGCUGAUGUUCAUCGACUUGAGGCGGAACGUGCUUUGAAUGCCAACAGUGGUUUGAUUUCGCCUCCAAGUGGCCAAAAGGAAAGCUUCUUCUCGCACCUACGAAAACGGGCCAGGCGGUUUUCAGGUCGACACGGCUUGGCCUCGCCCACAACGGAUGAUGUGGAAGCACAUGCUGCCACUGUCCCAUGGUCGAAUCGAUCUUCACUCAUGGUUGACAAUGUCAUCCCUGAAGCGAACAAUGAUUUUUCUGACUUGGAUCAAAUUUUGCAGAAUGUCAGGUACAGCUUGGAUCGGCCUGAAGGGCAAGAUGCGAAUGGAAAAUCCUCUGGCAGCGUGUCCAACACCGGAUCAUUAAAAAGGACUCAUUCAGUUCCAAGAUCGCAGGGAAGUCGAUCAGGCGAGAAUGCGACCUCGGCUCCAGCACCUACCAAUGGACGAUCAAGGCGACCUCUACAAAUCAACCAAUAUGAGACCCCUGAAGAAGCAGAUGAACUUUUGGACGAGGCACUCCGAUCCGCGAACAAGGCUAGCAAAAGACUCGACCAUAAUACCCGAUCCAAUCAACAAUUGAGUCGCACAGCUUUGGCACAGAAAGAUUACAACCGACAGUCAUUACCUUCAAUACCUAAUGGAGCUGCAUUACGUGGACAGGGUGCCUACCUUACACCUUCGCCAUCUGCCAAGAAGAAUGGAGUUCAAUUCGAUCCAAGCAGUUUACACGGCACACAACCAUUGAAUAUUAGCAAGCAGCGACCGGAGCAGGAACAUGCCCCAUCACAUUGGCCGACGCCACCAUACGAAGAAAAUGAUUGGGCUGCAAGUGCAGCCAACAGUAUUUUUACAGCCGGAUCGGUCUAUCGAUAG